AUGAAUCCCUACGACAGAUACUCCAAUCCUGCCCGAUACUCCAAUCCUGCCCCUUUUCACGCUCGUCGCAGUGAUUUUGUUGGAUCUAUUCCGCCGCCUUCGUUCGGCAGUCGUGGCGAUGCGGUUCCCUACGGCAUCUUUAGACCUAACGGGUUAGGAUCCAGACCCGUUUCUCCGAUGCCGCCCUUCGUGCCCCCUCCUGGGGGAUUUCACUUAGGGCGAGGUAGUGGUAGAGUGGGCAAUGGUCACGUAAGUGAUAGAAAACACGAUGUAGGUCGUGGGGGUGGUGGGAGAGGUCGUGGCGGUGGUAGAGGCGUAACUCACGGUUUUAGGGACUCCAGGAGAGGAGGUAGACACGAUGGUGGGUCUUCUAGAGACGAUUUGAACAACGUUACACUUCCGAAGCAGAAUUUUAAGAAUUUGGUCCCUUUUGAGAAGAAUUUUUACGUGGAGUGCCCUGUUGUGAGAGCCAUGUCUGAACAAGAAGUUCUGCAUUACCGUGCUUUUAGAGAGAUCACCGUGCAAGGGCAUGAUGUGCCGAAGCCUGUACGGAUGUUUCACGAGGCGAACUUUCCUGAUUAUUGCCUUGAGGUCAUUUCCAAUCUGGGUUUUGCUGAACCCACUCCAAUUCAGGCUCAGGGUUGGCCCAUGGCUAUGAAGGGUAGGGAUUUAAUUGGCAUUGCUGAGACUGGCUCGGGUAAAACUUUGGCGUAUUUGCUUCCUGCUUUAGUGCACGUCAAUGCUCAACCUCGACUAGCAUAUGGUGAUGGUCCCAUUGUCUUGGUGUUAGCGCCGACUAGAGAGCUAGCUAUUCAAAUUCAAGAAGAGGCUCUGAAAUUUGGGUCUCGAACAAAUAUUAGAAGUACAUGCAUCUAUGGUGGUGCACCAAAGGGCCCUCAAAUUCGUGAACUUAAAAGAGGUGUUGAGAUUGUUAUUGCAACACCUGGUCGUUUAAUAGAUAUGUUGGAAGCUCAGCACACAAAUCUUCAAAGAGUGACUUACCUUGUGUUGGAUGAAGCUGAUCGAAUGCUGGACAUGGGUUUUGAACCUCAGAUACGGAAAAUUAUUGGCCAGAUUCGACCUGAUAGGCAAACAUUAUUAUGGAGUGCUACAUGGCCAAGGGAGGUUGAAACUUUGGCAAGGCAGUUUCUGCGCAAUCCAUACAAGGUAAUUAUCGGAUCACCAAACCUAAAGGCAAAUCAAUCUAUAAAUCAAGUUGUUGAAGUUGUAUCAGACAUGGAAAAAUACAAAAGAUUAAUCAGACUGCUGAAAGAAGUCAUGGAUGGGAGCCGAAUUCUAAUAUUUAUGGAGACAAAAAAGGGAUGUGAUCAAGUUACAAGACAGAUGAGAAUUGAUGGGUGGCCUGCACUAUCCAUCCAUGGUGAUAAAAACCAGGCUGAAAGGGAUUGGGUCUUGGCUGAAUUUAAGAGUGGCAGAAGUCCAAUUAUGACUGCCACUGAUGUCGCUGCACGGGGUCUUGAUGUGAAAGACAUUAAAUGUGUGAUCAAUUAUGAUUUUCCGUCAAGCCUGGAAGAUUAUGUACACAGAAUUGGUCGAACUGGUCGUGCAGGGGCCAAAGGAACUGCAUACACAUUUUUUACACAUGCCAAUGCCAAGUUUGCUAGAGAUCUGAUCAAGAUUUUACAAGAUGCUGGUCAGGUUGUGAGUCCUGCAUUGUCUGCAUUGGUUCGGUCAGCUGGUUCUGGUCAAUUUCGAUCAGGGGGAAGUUUUCGCACAAGAGGACGCGGAGGCUAUGGAAAUCGAGGUUUAACAUCAGGGUCCAAUGCUAUUCCUCUAGGUUCGAAGAGGCCUUGGCAGUGUCUGUAG